CAGUUGCACCUUUUGUCUUUUGCCCACUUGCUUUCUUUCUUGUUGUUUCCUUUUCUUUUUUUUCUUUUUCUUUUCAUUUUCUACAGCUACUUGAUAUUGGAUUUCACAUAAUAAGUCCUUAAUAUACACGUAACUUUUAUCCUAUAUUUUUCAUUCUUUGAGGUUUUUCCCUUUAUUUCUUUUGGAUUUUGUUUUCUUUACCUCCUAUAUUUUCCAGCCUUUCUAAAUAGCAUGAUUAGUAUUUCUUGUUAAGGGUAUCUUUCUUGUGGAAUCUAAAGGGACGUGAUGAUGGAAGUCUUAGUAUGUUUUUAACUAGAAAGAGAAGAAGAACAAGAAGCACCAGGAGUACAUCAUCAAGAUCACAUAUUUGUAGAAAAAGUUUUCCUUGAAUUAAUUGUGAUCAUCUAGUGGUUUCUUUUCUUUCUGUCUUCUUAUACCUUGUUGGCUUUGUUUUGGCUUCUGGGGUUUGGUUGUUAUCAAAGUUCUCACUUGUUUUAGUGUCAGAAGUGGUUGUCUGAGCCCUUAGUAUCUCUUGGUAUUCAUGUCUCAACAAAGGCAAAGUAAGAUGGUUGGUGCAAACAAUGUCUCACAGUUUGGUGACACAACCUACACCAAGAUCUUUGUUGGAGGAUUGGCUUGGGAGACUCAAAGGGAUGGUGUGAAGCGUUAUUUUGAGCAGUUUGGAGAGAUUCUAGAGGCUGUUGUGAUCAUUGACAAAAAUACAGGAAGAUCAAAAGGCUACGGUUUUGUAACAUUUAAGGAUCCAGAUUCAGCCAUGAGAGCUUGUCAAAACCCCUAUCCUGUAAUUGACGGAAGAAGAACUAAUUGUAACCUAGCAGCCUUUGGUGCACAAGCGAAUUAUCCAAACACUCCUCAACGAGGAAUGGAGAAAUUCAGGCCACCUUUGAGAACCAUGGCACCAGCUCCUUUUCAAGGGACCUCCACAUAUUUCCACCAACACAUCCCCCAAUACUCAUUUCCAUAUUCAGCAUACGGGUAUCCUGGUUACCCACAAGACAUGUUAGCAAUGAACUAUUACAAUGUAUAUGGUGGCCAACAACAGUUACCAUCUUAUUACGCCUAUGUAGGAUCUGGGUCUCCUGGAGUCUAUAAUUAUUAUCCAUUCCAAGCUCAACAUGGACACAGUACUAGUACUCCACUGCAGCACAGCCCCAAGAGGAUCAUACAACAUCCUUACUUGCCUCAGCAGCGCCGUGCAAUUGGGGGCCUACAAUUUACUACUUCGGUUUCCCCAUCAUCAACCUCUACCACUGAAAAUUCAGGCACAGCAACAAUUGCCACAGCUGGAGUGCCAGGAAGUGCCUCUGAACAGAAUUCAUCAGCAUAAAUUUGAUGACAAAUAUUUCCAUACAUGAAAAGAGUAGAAGGGUCAAUAGAAACAGCAGAAAGGAUUACAAAGAGUCACAGAUACCAGACAAAAGAAAGGAACAGGAUUUCAUUUUUCAAUUCCAACAUCAACAUGCCUAAGAAGAAGUAACUAAGCAUAGGGAGACACUAGGUAGUUCAUUCAUUGGACAGGUGAUUGGGACCUUAGAGAUUGCUCCACUAAUCAAACUAGGCAUAUCCAAUCGUUCAUUAUCCUCUCAUUUUUUUAUUAAACAGAUAUUUUCAAUACCAAAGCCUUUAGCUUUCUUUUU